AUGAAGCCGGUGACAGCCGACGCGUGCUUCGAAGUGAUCCGAGUCGCGUACGCGAACGUGUGCAACUUCCGGUCGAGUCGAGAGCUCUACACGUCCAAGCAGCAGGUUCUGGGCUGGACGCAUCGCUAUCGUCUGGAAGGAGAGAACCUGCAGUACUCGAUUUGUAAGUUCUUCUCGGGAAUGGACGCUCAAGAGAUGUCGGAUCGUGGCUGGGCCAUUAUGACAACGGAAAGCUCGUACAAGGCGCUGCACUCGCGCGGGAUGACGUCCAAUCUCCAUGACAUCCAAACGGUGAACGAAGACAACCGCGUGUUAUGUCGAGAACUGCAGCGUCCGGAUCAAAAUACUGUCAUGAGGACGCUGUUCCUGUCGUCUCGCUUCCAGACUGCAGAGGGUUAUAUGACAAUCUACCGCGCCCUGGACCACGAAAAGCUCGGCUUCACUGGGGCUAACCUCCCCAAAACGGAGGAUAAAUCUAGGGUGGACACGCUCGACUCCAGGCCACCUGAACCGCGCGUUGUCUGGCUGGAUAUGUUUGCGUGGACGUCGUUCGAGAACCGCAGCGACGGCUCCGGGGUGGAGUUUCAAUUCGGCGGCGAGAUGAAGCACUUUUCAGCUGACAACGCCAAGUUUUGGAUGAUGGAGGUGCUGCUGAUGGCACUUCGCUGGGAGAGCCGCGCGGUGGCUCCCCUCAUUACCUUGCAGGGCUGA